CUCAUGGGGAAUCGUUUAACUACUACAGAUCGCAGUCUGAAUUAUUGGCUAUUUAAUUAUCGAAUAUGGCUUAUUGGAAUUGGAGCCGGCAUUGGUAUUGGAUUUUAUUAUAUUUGGCGAAGAGAUGUCUCCCGAUCUGUAUCGAACAAAAGAAGAACAUUGCCUAUUAAGAAGGCUGGUAAGGCUGGCACGUUUUCUGUGCAUUCCAAUGAUUCUUUUAUUUCAGCUUGCGAUGAAUUUGUAAAUUUAUGUGAGAUUCCUAACGACAAGGAGUCAACCUCAACAGAAUUCGCUUCUUUAGCUCUUUACAACCAUGGAUUAAAGGCUACUGAAAACGGAGAUUUAAAAUAUGGAAAAUCAAGAGAUAUCGCCCGAUCUGUAUGGAACAACAGAAGAGCAUAUCCUAUUGAAAAAACUGGCACACUUUCUGUGCUUUCUGAUGAUUCUUUUAUUACAGCUUGCGAUGAAUUUGUAAAUUUAUGUGAGAUGCCUUCUAGCGACAGGGAGUCUAUCUCAACUGAUUUUGCAUCAUUAGCUCUCUACAACGCUGGAUUAAGAGCUACCCAGAAUGGAGAUGUAAAAUAUAGGAAAUCAAGGAUUUUGCCGCAAAAUUGUUCGGUAUAAGAUUGGCUUUUCG